UUUUCUUCUUCUUUCUUCGCUGAAAUUUAAACCUCCAAAUCCAAUUCUCUCCUCACACUCUCUCUUGAAUUCUCCAUUUUCGCUUCCUCGGCCGCUCUUCAUUCCAAUGGGAAAGCCAAACAGAUCGAAAGAAUCACAUAACAAUUACGCUAAGGGAAAUGUCACUCCAAUUCAAGUCGCUUUCAUCGUUGACCGCUAUCUAUCUGACAACUUCUCCGAAACCCGCUCUGUCUUCAGAAAUGAAGCCUCGGCUCUCAUCUCGAAAUCCCCACUUCGAGAGGCCCCGAAGAGCUUGUUGAGUUUAAUGGCGAUGUUGAACGAGUAUAUAAGUUUAAAGGAGGAGAAAGUGAUGUUGGAUCAAGAGAAGGCUCGUUUGGAGCAAGAAAAAAUGAGAGUACAGACGUUGCUACAAGGUAUGCAAGGUGUCAUGAACACUUACAAUGCAAGUUCGUCAACGCCAACGAUUCAGCCAACAAAAUCGAUGGCCGUCGUUCAUCAGCCUAUUCCAUCUAGUAAAUCCCCUUCAGGUUGUCUUGUGCAAUAUACACCAAUUGUUGUGCCUGUGUCCGUCCUUCCCAACACUAAUAUUUCUCCAGCAAUUACAAGUUUCCCAUUAACACGAAAGAGGGCAGGCUCAAAAGUUGUAUCAGAGCCCCCUCAGCCUGUAAAGAAGUCUCGAAAUAAGUUGCCCAAUAGGAUAUUGCCAGACAAAGAUGUAAGAACAGCCACAAAAUCACAGAAUGAAGUCACUAGUCAGGAUUUUGUGGUUGAAUCAUCACCACACAACCGUGCACCCAAUAGAUCCAGUGUUGCUAAGAGCUUGUUUAACCAGCCUUCACUGCCUACUCAGACUAAUUCAUCUGGUCCCGAGACCCCACCGCAACCAGUUUCCUUUCAAGAUGAUAAAUCUCCGCUGGGAAAUUCAUUCACUUUCAAUGGAAGUACUAACAAUUCUCCUCAAGGGAUCACUCCUACUAACUGCACUUUGAUAUCAAAAGAGAGAGUUGCUAUAAGCCCAUACAAACAAAUGGCAUUCUACAAAGUGGAGAGAAACCACUGCAUUUCCUCUUCCUCACCAGUCAAAACAAACUUAAAGAGGCUGAAUAUGAGGGAUCAUGUAAAAGGAAGGCUAGAUUUUGAUGGUUCCGAUGUUGCAGAGAAUAUGGAUAAACCAAUUACUAAUGAAAUUUCAACAUCUGAGUCUGAAAAGGAAGCUGAUUUUUUUGACAUGGAUUUGCCUAAUUUAGAUGCCUUUGGACCCAAUUUUUCCUUCUCUGAGCUGCUAGUUGAUCUUGAUCUUGACUGUGAAGGAAUUGGCUAUCCUUUCCAGCCAAAUUUAGAUGCUUGUGCUUCUUUGGAUAAUAUUUCAGGGUCAUCUCAUGAAUCUGGGGAUGCUAUUCUGGGGGCUGAUCAGGUUGUGUCAGAAUAUUCAUCCACAUUGACAGAAAUGUUUUCAGGAAAAGACAUGAAUGUUGAAGGUGAUUUAUGUCAUCUUGCAGGCUCUGAUAACCUUACUGCAGUAAAGUCCGUAACAAAAUGCAUAAGAAUAAUAAGUCCUGUAAAAGGUUACAGAAGUUCUUUGGAUUAGAAAAUUUUUUCAGCAAGAAACUAAUUUAUUUUGAAGAUUAAGAUGACUCAAGGUUGACACGGUACCAGCACAGUACUUAGAAGAAAGAUGAUUGACUGUGAUCUAAGUAUUCAAAUACUUAUUUCUCCAUUACGUGUUACUACCAUUACCAUAUUUUCUUUAGCCUGCCCACAGAAUUUGUGUUGAAAGAUUGGGCAAAGCAAAAUAUCAUUCGGCUUGCCAAUCUAAUUCUUUUAUUUGGCCUAUAUUGAUUUAUGGGGUCAUUGUAAAUUCUGAUGAAGGUUGGUUAGAAGUAGAAAUUUCUUGAACAGAAUGUUUGUUCACUUGUCAGACACUUGGACGUAUCCGUAUAAGUGCUCCAACCAACAGAAUAGUAUGACAUUUUCUUUGUUUUA